AGUAACUAUGCUUAUUUCUCUUACCGGCAGCUGAAAUCACAGGGCAAGGGAGCUGGUGGGGAAGACCACAUUAUGCUGGACAUUUAUGCUAUUGAAGAGCUUCGGGAAAAGAGUAUGGAGGCAACAGAUGAUUCCCCAAAGUAUAAUUACCAUUGGGACUCCAGUGGGAGCUAUGCAUUUGAGAGUGCAGUGGCGACAGUGAUGGCUCUGCGCAGGGAUAAGAUGUUCGUGCAAGAGGUGUCCACAGGCCAGGAGUGUGGAGUCGUGCUGGACAAGACCUGUUUCUAUGCUGAGCAAGGAGGGCAGAUCUAUGACGAAGGCUACCUGGUGAAGGUUGAUGACAGCAGUGAAGACAAAACCGAGUUUACAGUGAAGAACACUCAGGUGCGAGGCGGGUAUGUGCUACACAUAGGAACUAUUUAUGGCAACCUGAAAGUGGGGGAUCAGGUCCGGCUGUUUAUUGAUGAGCCCCGACGGAGACCUGUCAUGAGCAACCACACAGCUACCCACAUUCUGAACUUCGCCCUGCGCUCUGUGCUUGGGGAAGCUGACCAGAGAGGUUCCCUGGUGGCUCCUGACCGUCUUCGGUUUGACUUCACUGCCAAGGGAGCCAUGACCACCCAACAGAUCAAGAAGGCUGAGGAGAUUGUUAACGAGAUGAUUGAGGCAGCCAAGCCCGUCUACACCCAGGAUUGUCCCCUGGCAGCAGCUAAAGCCAUUCAGGGCCUGCGGGCUGUGUUUGACGAAACUUAUCCUGACCCUGUGCGAGUCGUCUCCAUUGGGGUCCCAGUGUCUGAGCUGUUGGAUGACCCCUCCGGUCCUGCUGGCUCACUCACUUCUGUUGAGUUCUGUGGGGGAACGCACCUGCAGAAUUCAAGUCACGCGGGAGCUUUUGUGAUUGUGAAUGAAGAAGCUAUUGCCAAGGGCAUCCGGAGGAUUGUGGCUGUCACAGGUGCUGAAGCCCAGAAGGCCCUCAGGAAAGCGGAAAGCUUGAAGAAAUCUCUCUCUGUCAUGGAGGCCAAAGUGAAGGCCCAGACUGCACCAAACAAGGACGUGCAGAAGGAGAUUGCUGACCUUGGUGAGGCCCUGGCCACUGCAGUCAUCCCCCAGUGGCAGAAGGAUGAAUUCCGGGAGAAUCUCAAAUCCCUGAAGAAGAUCAUGGAUGACCUAGACCGGGCUAGCAAAGCCGAUGUCCAGAAGCGAGUCUUGGAGAAGACAAAGCAGCUCAUUGACAGCAAUCCCAACCAGCCCCUCGUCAUCCUGGAGAUGGAGAGCGGCGCCUCAGCCAAGGCCCUGAACGAAGCCUUGAAGCUCUUCAAGACACAUUCUCCUCAGACGUCUGCCAUGCUCUUCACAGUGGAUAAUGAGGCUGGCAAGAUCACAUGCUUGUGUCAAGUCCCCCAGAAUGCAGCCAACCGGGGCCUGAAAGCCAGUGAGUGGGUGCAGCAGGUGUCAGGUCUGAUGGAUGGCAAAGGUGGUGGCAAAGAUGUGUCUGCCCAGGCCACAGGCAAGAACGUGGGCUGCCUACAGGAGGCGCUGCAGCUGGCCACUUCCUUUGCCCAGCUCCGCCUGGGAGAUGUGAAGAAUUGAGGGGAGGGGCAGCUUCCACUGGGAAGCAUCUCCCCCACACUCGGAAGCAUCCGUCCAGCUAGGAGCUGUCCACCCACCACAGGAACAUUUGAAUUUUGGGACCUUUAAAUAGCCCCACUCUGUCCUCCUAACCCAGCAGUAACUGGAACUAACUUGGGUGUGGCCUGUGACUCAAUGCCUAUGUUACAUUUCUGCCUGGAGCCCUACACAGCAGCGCCAUCUGUCUAGAACCACUAUCCUAGGAUUGCUAUUUAUCAUCGUCAUGCUCGUGUCUAUAGAUAGUUCUCUGCAGACCCGAUGCUGUGGGUCUGCAGGAAGGAAUGAUUUUUGCUGCAGAGAAUAAAAGGACCACGUGCAAUA